AUGGCCAGUUUUCCAUCUGAAGCCCUUAACCUCCAAGGCGGGUGUCUCUGCAAGGCAGUCCGGUAUACAAUAAGAGUACCUCGUGCAGAAGACCGCGGUGCCGCCAAAUUCAGGGCGCCAGCAAAAGUAACCGAUGUGCCAGUAAAUGCUAGAGAGAACAAAGAAGAGACAGAAUAUAUCAGCAUCAACCUGCCCAUACUCUCUCUUGAUCACUGCAGCGACUGUCGCCAUGCCGCCGGGGCUCCAGUGCAAGCAUGGUUUAUCUGUCCCCAGGAAUGGAUGGAGUGGGAUGUGGCUUUGCUGUCUCCGUCAAAGGAUGGGGAAGAGCGCGUGAAGCAAACGGCCCUUCAAGCCUGUUCGAAAGACGGACGGGGAUUUUACGAGGAUGAGCCGAACCUUUCUCCUGUACCGACGUGUUUGGCCAAAUUUUCAUCAUCAGAGGAUGUGACUCGGACUUUUUGCUCACGAUGCGGCACCAACUUCACCUAUUUUACUAAACGGCCUAGUUCCAGCCCUACCGGCUUGAUGGUGGACAUUACGAUAGGUAGCAUGGACGAGCAGAGCAGUGCAGUUGCCUGCCCGACUCGACAGGCAUGGUACGAUUCGGGGAUAGGGUGGUUCAAGCAACUGGUGAGAGGGGGUGGUACAGCAAUGCCGAGGGCAAGGAAGGGGAUUGCUCUGGGAAUGAUGAGAGAUGAUGAGGAUUAA